CAAAGAUAUAUUUUUGAAAGCAAUGUUAUUGAUUCAUUACAUGAUAAAUUCAAUUGCAAUGUGCUAUAUACAUCUCAUUUCCAUCCUAUCCAAUUCCAGUAAAAUGAUUCACUGAUAGGAAACAAUACUAGCAACCUUUACCUACCCAAUAAGUAGAAAGAACUGAACCUUCAGAAAACUCUCCACCUGAAAACCAAGAAAUAUCCACCACACAACGAGCAAAACCAGUACAGUCUGACCGUGCGCAACAUCUCAACAGUGUUCAAGAACAGAAUAGUCUGGAGAACAAAUAAGCAUGACACCCUUGCACAGUAUCAAGCAACGGUGACACCUGGCAAGCCUCCUCCACCCCACGCCCCAUCCACCUCACGCAAACCUCCUCAGCUUCCCCCGCCACCUGGUGCUGCAGCACGGCCGCCCCCAACGGGCCCACCAGAUUCAGCCUCGUGGCAGCUGACACCAAAUCCCUCAUAGUCACAAACACGUAAGCCCGCUGGGCUAUUUCAGGCCCAAACCCCAGCAGCCCGCAGACGAGCCCAAAAACCGGAGCGUGGUGGAAAAAGACGCUCCCGCCCCUGAGUGCCUCGUCUCUCAUAGCCUUGAGAUUUGGGAUCUCGGAGAAAACGGAGGAUGCGACUCUCAUGAGGGCCGACCCUUGAGAGACGGAGGCCCUUCGGCUAGCCUCGUUCGUGAGCAUAGCUUCUAGAAGUCGGUCGAGUUUUCGCCAGUUUUGGGAGUCGGGGGAAAGGGAUGCAGAGUGUACGAACGGGAGAAGGAGGCUGCCGGUGUUUUCGAGCACGUGGAUAAUGAAGGUUUUGAGGUCUUGUGGAGAAUUGACGAGACGGGCUUGGGUGGCGGCCUCGAGCCCGUACGAAUGGGCGAAGCCGCCAGUGGGGAGAAUGGAGUCGAGCAGCUGCCAUUGGCUCCAUUGCCGGAGAGAGUCCGGAAAAGUGGUUGAAGUAGAGAGGAUUGAUUACCUGAGGGCAGCUUUUGAACGGCUUGACGAUUGCUUCAAUAGAAUAACAGCGCAGUUGAAGAAAAAGAAAAAGAAUGAAAAGGAGGAGAAAUCGGGAGAUAAAGUCCUUUAAUUUUGGGAAGGAACUUUGCGUAGUGCUGUACCAAUAUUCUGUGUCUUUUAUAAGGAAAACAUUGUGAUUUGUACAAGAUAUACUUCUUAAUCUUGGGCAUGCCGAUGAACUGUUUGACGAUAUGCCUCUUUGAGAUCAAAUGUUUGUGUAGUGAUGGCUACCAACUGCCACCAGUACACUUAGAGUGCUGCGAAAACACUAACAGCAUUCACGUAUUGAGAUUCAUUUCAACAAACACCACAAAGCUUCUCUCAGUAAACACCACAACAGUUGCAGUACACGAAAAUUUCGAACCAAACGUGGCUCAGAAACCCAUGCACGAAAGAAAUAUUACUCCUGUCUGCCAACUAUCACACAAGAACUGGCUCGACUUUUUCCUCUUUCCAGUCGUAAUUAUUAAAUGCUAA